CAUUAAGUUGGAUUUACAUUUGAAACAAUGGACAACAGUCCUCUGCAGGUGUUAACGGUCCCUACAGCCCCCUACCCCGACCAGAGGCCCGGCACCAGCGGCCUGAGGAAAAAGGUCUACGUAUUCCAGUCCAGGAGGAAAUACCUCCACAACUACAUCCAGAGUAUCUUCUCCUCCAUCGACCUGCGGGACCGACAGGGAUCCACUGUGGUGGUCGGAGGGGACGGCCGCUUCUUCAACAGAACCGCUGUUGAGGUCAUUGUGCAGAUGGCAGCUGCCAACGGGGUGGGUCGUAUGAUCAUUGGACACCACGGGAUCAUGUCCACGCCGGCCAUCUCCUGUGUGAUCAGGAAAUACAAAGCCAUCGGUGGCAUCAUCCUCACUGCCAGCCACAACCCCGGGGGACCUGAUGGAGACUUUGGCAUAAAGUUCAAUACUGCAAACGGAGGUCCAGCAAAGGAGGCUGUCACAAACAAGAUCUUUCAGAUCAGCAGGACCAUCGAGGAGUUUGCCAUCUGCCCCGGACUGCAGGUGGAUCUGACCAGUCUGGGAAAACAGAUGUUCGAUCUUGAGAACAAGUUCAAACCCUUUUCAGUGGAAAUUGUGGACUCUGUGGAAUCCUACGCUAACCUGUUGAGGAACAUCUUUGACUUUUCUGCGCUGAAGGAGCUUUUAUCUGGAGAAAACCACAUCAAGAUCAAACUGGAUGCCAUGCAUGGAGUGGUAGGACUGUAUGUAAGGAGGAUACUCUGUGAGGAGCUGGGCUGCCCAGCCCACUCUGCCAUCAACUGUGUCCCUCUGGAGGACUUUGGGGGUCUGCACCCCGAUCCUAACCUCACCCAUGCUGCAGAUCUGGUUGAGAGCAUGAGAGACGGACAGUAUGACUUUGCUGCAGCAUUUGAUGGUGACGGGGACCGUAACAUGAUCCUCGGUAAGCACGGCUUCUUCGUCACCCCUUCUGACUCUGUGGCUGUGAUAGCUGACAACAUCUUCUGCAUCCCAUACUUCCAGCAAACUGGGGUGAGAGGCUUCGCCCGCAGCAUGCCCACAAGCGCAGCCUUAGACAGAGUAGCCAAAGCAACACAAAUAGAGUUAUAUGAGACUCCCACUGGCUGGAAGUUCUUUGGGAACCUAAUGGACGCAGGCAGACUGUCUCUGUGUGGAGAAGAAAGCUUUGGCACAGGUGGAGACCAUAUCCGUGAGAAGGACGGGCUGUGGGCCGUGCUGGCAUGGCUUUCCAUCCUGGCCUCCAGACGGCAGAGUGUGGAGGACAUCCUGAGGGAACACUGGCUCAAAUAUGGAAGGAACUACUACACCAGAUAUGACUAUGAGAACAUAGACAUAGAUGCGGCCUGUGAGAUGAUGGAGGAUUUGGAGAUCUUGAUCGCAGACAAGUCCUUUGUCAAGCAGAGAUUUGCUGUGGAGGACAAAAUCUACCAAGUGGAAAAAGCAGACAACUUUGAGUACACAGACCCAGUGGACAGCAGCAUCUCAAGGAACCAGGGUUUACGGAUAAUCUUCUCUGAUGGUUCUCGGAUCAUCUACAGACUCAGUGGGACGGGCAGCCAAGGGGCGACAGUCCGAAUCUACAUAGACAGCUACGAGAAGGAGCAGAUUUUUGAAGACACACAGGUGAUGCUGGCGCCCCUGGCAACCAUCGCUCUGAAGAUCUCUCAGCUCCAUCACAGGACGGGCCGAAGUGGCCCUUCAGUCAUCACAUGAAUCCCCUUCCUAUUUUAUUUCCUCUUUUUGUAUAAACUGAGCUUCAAUUCCAAGUGUAGCUGCACAACAUGCAGGAGUUUGCAUGUGAGGCUAAAAUGUAUCUGGUGAUUUAUUCUGUUACACAUUAAACUGCUUUUUAUUUUCGGGUUAUGUGUGGUCUUUUCCACAUAUAGCAGAAACCUAGGGAAGGGAAUAUGGCUGGCCAUAAGAAAAUAAAUUAGUUAUCAAAAUAAAGGUGAAAUGUUGAUAAUAAUAUUUAAAUGUUGGGAAUCGAAAUGCCGAGAAUAAAGUCUAAAUGUUGAAAAUGAAAUGAAAAUGUUGAUAUAAAAGAUGAAAUGUUGAGAAUAAAGAUAACAUUUUGGAUAUAAAGUGAAGAUGUGGAAAAUGUAAAUGUUGAG